GGAUUCCGACCAAGUACCUGGUCCUUAUCUUCUUCAUACUAUUUCUAUCUAACUAUACUUACUGUAUAACUAAUCAUAGACUGCUAGGAUAUCUUACAAGUUACGACAACGCUAGAGCGGGCUCAGUUAACGUGCUUUUUUGCCAAGCGUUUGCCUCGCUCGGCCAUCUGGGCUCCCGUUUUAACCCCCACGGAGACAGCAUCAACUUUCUCUCAUUUAUUGGCUUGAUAUUCCUCCUCUUGAGCUUCUGCCAGCAUAACUGACCGUCCCUUCUUUAAAAUACACUGGGUCAGCUUAAGCCCGAAACGUGGCGCGGGAUAUGUAGCUUCCUUACCAAGUGCUUGUCGAUUGUCCAAGUAUCUCCCGCGUUGAUGUAUCACAUGAGGCCAGCUAUUCAACACCAAUCUGCGGGGCCGGAUGUGAAACGCACGGCGAACCAAGAUGAACCGCGCCAAACUGUGGAGGGCGCCGAUCACGAUGGAGUUUCUAUCGAUGAUUCCUCUCCAGGUUAUAACGUGAAGAUCGAGAGCCCAGACUCCAGUGCUAGCUUAGCUCAGUACGACGGAACGAUCGGGUUUUCUCUAACUCCUUCGGAGCCGAACAUUACAGGGGUAGAUCGACCAAAUACAAUUGCUAGCCGCUACACACCAGGCUCCUCAUUACCAUAUAGAAGCUCGGCUACAACUAAACACGAGGAAGAAUAUGCAAGCCAAGAUGAAAUUUAUUCCCCAAAUCCUUUGGCACUCGCUGUUCGCCCGGUGGAACCGGUACAACACAGUAAAACUCCAACACGCCACCAACUUCAACCGGAGAUAUGGGAACUAUACAAGGAAGAGAUACAUGAACUUUAUAUCGAAGAAAACAAACCAUUAAAUGAAUUGAUGGAUAUAAUGCAAGCUAAGGGGUUUAAAGCUACUCCCCGGAUGUACAAGGCUAAGUUUGCACAAUGGGGGUUUGUUAAGAACAAUAAGAAGAGGGACGUGGCCAUGAUGCUGCGAUUGCAACGUGAGCGCGGGGCUGUGGGCAAGCCUACUACUUUUCGUCGCCACGGAAGGUCGGUUGACAUUGAAACAUACAUGAAGCGAAAGGGAAUCUCAAGCCUUGAACUGGUUACACCCGCCGCUGAUGUUGAUGUUGAUGUUGACUUACCCGAAUACCUGCGGGCACUCACACCUCCACCCGUUGAACCUCAGCAUAUGACUUUACCAUCUCAUCUCCAUGCCCAAGAAAUCCUUGUUUCAUGUUUUAAGGAUCUGACUUUAAGCUGGAGUGACUCGUUAGAAUCGCCUGUAUCCUUUGAGAAAGACUUCAACCUUUACUUCGACGGCGAACUAUGCGAGGCUACUAGGGACUUCAGUAGGGCUUGCUGGUUCUUCUCGAGGAACCAUAACCCCCUUGGUGCUGUGCUUAGCCAGCGCGCCUUCAGCUCGUUACACUUGCUUAUCAAGACACCCUCUGCACUUGGACUAUUCGACUUGCUAAUAGCCAGUGUAAUAUCUCCCGAUUAUGGGCUUGCCAAGGAAUUAUGGAGAUAUCUAGCAGGAUAUGCAGAAGCUGUAUUGGGGACAUCGAGUACCUUCUACCGACUAUUUACUGCGAUAUACGAUGUCUUUCGUAAUGAUUCGCUGGAAACUGGUGUGGAUUUCAUCUUUAGCUGCAUGGAGAGCAUAUUGGACAUGUUGCUCGAGACGAAUGACUUCUCUCAAACUGUCGUACCAGCCAUCAGUUUGUUCCUACUAGGGGACCUAAUUCUAUUCAACUCGAAAAGGACUAAUCUUCCAUCACUCCAAAGAGUAGUAGCUUCGUCAUCGACCAUAUUCGAUUCUCACGGUAGGUCACACUCACCGGAUCUCAUGUUGCUUCUCGAGCCGACGGCGUAUGUCUGGCAGAAAGGACCCCUCGAUGCGCGUUCGGUUAAACUAGCCGGUGUUGCACUUCGGCUUGACAUAUCAGAUCGGUACGAUUGGACGAGUUGGGUAUCCUGGCGUGUCAUUGCUCAAUAUCAUAGAAGCCGGUGUGGUACAGAUAGCUCUGCUGUAAAAGAUCACCCGCGGCACGCACUGGCGCGAUACGCUUUAGAAAGGGCUAUCGAUGCCGCCGAAGCUGGACGUGGCUUUGGUGAUACGCAAAUAUUUGAGAAUAUGCAGUUGCUAGAAUCCUGGCACCGCGAAGCUGGUGAUACAGUCCAGGAAGCAAUGGUACGACGCCGAAGAGAGAAGAGCUUGAAGGAUUACCUGGAGUCGCUACUACGAAGUCGUUUAGUAGAAAUGCCGAAUACUCCAACUUCGCAAUGAAGUCUUGACUCGGGGGUUUUACUGAUUCAGCGGGAGUACUCGUCUUGUUGUAAAUGGGAUCUAAUCAUAUUUGAUGUAUUUGAGGUUAAGGCAUCACACUUCAAUUUGUCCGAGGAGACAAGGACGAAGAUGUAUUAUAGCAGGUCAUUAUUAUACUAGGUACAUGAAAUAGGUAGCAAAUAAAAGCGUGCUGUUCGUUGUAUUCAUCAUACGUAAAGGGUGCA